GAGGUCGCUUGGCUGUGAUUGGUUCCAUAUUUUUCUCUGAUUUCCGAGUGUUAGGCAAUGGUGGAUGCUUUUCUGUAUAAUUUCUUGGUCUGAAAUCCGUCAACGUUAUUCAGUUUAUUCCCUGCGUCGUUACUGUACAUUACAUGCCUUCCAUCUCCCAUGACUUGCCUAGGUGGACUUCUUCUUUAAUUGCAAAUGGAAUAAUUCUCGUGUUUGAGCCAUGCGUUGAUUCUUCUUGAUGGUUAGUCGUGAAGAAUCACAAUCUUCUCGUGGCUUUGCCCCUCAAAAUAUGUGAGUUAUCGUGUCUACAAUAUCUUGGACGUCAGGGUUAGAGAAGAAUAAGGAAACCAAGGCUUCGCAUUCAGCGAGGAUUAAUCACGAGAUUACUGUGGAGAAUUCUUGCCGUCACGGCCCGAACUUCUUGCAUCUGUGGCGUUUGUACGUACUGAAUAGGAAGCUUGAAGCACGGUGUGUAUCCGUCAGCCGACACAAUUGAGUGCUACCGAAGCUUUGUAGCGUGCUGGCGACAGAGAGAUUGGUUUAUCAGGCUUGUUUAAGGGAGUAGUCUUCUUGAUACAUGCUGCGCAUCAGAUUCUCGUUUAGUUCUUAGUGCUGACAAUAGAGAUUCAAGUCUUUUCGCUGAGAUUCUCAGAGAUUCUCAACCUUUCCAGUUUAUCCUGGGUCAUUUCUGUGCAAGGGCGCUCUGGCUUUUCCUCAUAAUGCAUUGACGAACAGACGUAGAAUGUAGACGCCGCUCAGUCCGGGAAAGUCUGGAAUGUGUUGUCUUUGUUGUGACAGUCGUAACUGGGUGCAGCAGAUAUCUGAGAUAUUCUUGUCUCGAUUUAAAUUAGCUUGGCGCCUGCUUGUUCCGUGAGUACGGUUGAGGGAAUGUGCAUUUCGCGCACCUCGGAGACUCGCCAAAUUGUUCCGGUUUAGAUUUGAAAUUUUGGCUCUACAUCAAACCGUCUUCGAAAACAGAGGGCCUGCGCAGCUCUAAUCUUGUAAUACAGCAGAGGAACGUAGCGUGUCUUGAAUUUAACGUAUAGAAAUUGCCGCAGGUAUGUCUGCGACGGAGGAGCUUUAUCCUCUUCCGGACCGUAGCCAAGUUUUAAUCCCGAUGGAGUUCUGGCCGGAGUUUCUUGCGAACACCACCGGGACCGAGUUCCUUGCUGGAGGAAUGGGGGGAAUGGCAGGAGUUAUCGCGGGCCAUCCGUUGGAUACUGUAAGAAUUCGGUUACAACAGCCGCGGCUAAUGGGAUCUAUGACGCCAACCACUGCGACAGGACUCAUUAAGCACAUUGUUUCAACCGAGGGGGCUAUGGCACUGUUCAAAGGCAUGGCAACACCCCUGGCCACAAUAGCCUUUCAGAAUGCAGUCGCUUUCCAAGCCUACGCCCUCUUCUCUCGAGCCUUAUCUGAUCGUACAAGCCAAGAGGCUCUCUCGUAUAGGAAUGUGGCUAUUGCAGGUAUAGCAGCAGGUACCAUACAGACGGGCAUAUUGACGCCUGUAGAUUUGAUAAAGAUAAGAUUGCAAAUAGCCACGGAUCGUCGGGCCCAAAGGAAAACUUUGCAAUCUCCCCAAGCUGGACCGCUUGGACUUGUCCGGAAUAUUAUGCGUAGAGAAGGUAUUAAAGGGUUGUAUCGCGGCUGGACGGCUACGGUAAUCCGAGAUGCACCUAGCCAUGCAGUAUAUUUCGGGACCUAUGAGUACAUGCGAGAGCUGCUGCAUCCCGGCUGCAGAACGAAUGGUGAAGAGUCCUUAUCAACAAUGCUCGUGUCUGGAGGUUUGGCCGGAUCUCUGAGUUGGUUGUGUUGUUACCCUUUAGACGUUGUAAAAUCAAGACUUCAAGCUCAGUGUGCAGGUGGCGCUCCUCCUCAAUAUAAAGGUAUUAUCGACUGCAUCCGCACCAGUGCUAGUCAAGAAGGCAAUGGAGUGUUUUGGCGUGGCUUGGGACCUUCAUUAGCUAGGGCCUUUUUGGUAAAUGGAGCUAUCUUUUCUGCAUACGAAUUGUCCUUACGAUAUCUUACUCCUCGUUCUCCUAAAGACGAUCUAGGGUUCCAACCUAUGUCGUGAAUACUGGGCCUUUGGAAAUUGUACUGAGAAUAGUAUAAGGGGUCGUGCGAAGCAUGAUGAAAGAGAUACAACCUUUUAAUUUCGAAAUAGUUUGAAGGUGAGUCUAUCAGGUGGGUAGCAUCAAAGUUGGUUGAAUAGUUUUCAGGUUUAGGAUAUUUCUUGCAAUGUACAUUAAAUUUAUAUUUAAUCCUUCAGGACAAUGCCUGUCAGAGGAUACAUCAAUACGUGGUUCUAACAUUAUGCAAGCAAUGUGGAUCGUAUUUUUCAUCAGAAGCCAGGUCUCGUAGCUCUGCUCAUGAAUCGUGAGAGUGCUCAUGUGUACAUUGUUUCAUACCCUGAUAAUGAAGAAGAAACAGGUUUUUAACCAUUUGAUGGUUUGUAUUCCAGAACUC